AUGCUGACCGAAUUCGACGGAACAUGUGGGUGCAUUGGUCUCCAGCUGAAUCUACAAAAGAGGAUGUUUAUGCGGAACGGAUGGAUCUCGGAUGCCCCAUUCACGCUCAACAGAACGAACAUAUUCAAAUGCACCAGCUACGUUUAUCUGGGUCGGGAAUUGGACAUGAUGAACGACCUGACCCCCGAGCUGGGCAGGAGGAGACGAGCGGCUUGGGGAGCGUGCAAGAGCAUCGGGGGUGUAGUGAAGAAGACCAGGAACACCCGGCUCCGUGCUUACCUCUUCAACACCACCGUACUUCCUGCUUUGACCUAUGCUUCGGAAACCUGGGCAUUUCGCAAGCAGGAAGAAAACGCGGUGAGCGUCAUUGAACGCGCAAUUGGGAGAGUGAUGCUAGGAGUAUCCCGUUUCACGCAAGUGAGGGACGGGAUUCGAAGUUCUCUCCUACGUCAGCGAUCGAAGAUUAGAGACGCCGCCGCAUCUGUUAAGGAAAGUAAAAUAAGGCGGGCCGGACAAGUGAUGCGCUUUAACGACAACCGUUGGACCAGAGUCGUGAGCGACUGGGUUCCCGCGACUGGUUCUUCACGAAGUCCUUCAAAGAAAAAUAUGAUGUUCUUUGUGUUCCACGCGAAAGGGCUACUCUGGCACGCGAUCGGGACAUAUGGGAGAAUUACUGGCGCCCGCUCGACCAAUUCGAAGAUCAACGGGAGUCAAGGUGAUCAAGGUGAUAACACCACUGUUGAACAUGUUGCUCCGAUCCUUUGUUGA